AGUGCCAUCUGUAGUUAGAAUAAUUUUACUUCCACAUCACCCGAUUAAGAUAUUUUCCCUAUUUACUAGCAAUUUUAAAAAUCUCUUGUCUAUUCGAUUUGUCAUUCAGUUUUUAAUAAUGGAAUCCAAAGUGAGAAGGUCCGAUGUUCGGCCUGAUGGUGACGGAAUGGAAGAAGAACUGCUCAAAUCAACCCCGGAAAUAAAAUAUGCUAAGCCGACUAAACACCGUCAACUCACUCGAUUGAAUGAUUCCCAAAUGAUUCGUGUAAAACCGCAAAAAACUGUAAUAUCGAAAGAACCUGUAAAAGCAGCAGUAAAAGAAGUUGUGCAACAAAAACCAACAAAGACUCAAAAGAAUCAAAAUACAGAAACUCCACAGGUUCAGAAUGUUGAUACUUCAGGAUCUAUUCAGUCUAUGACCGCGGAAACGAUAGAUAAAGUAAGAGAAGAGUGUGAAGGAGAAGAAAAUUCAGAUUUAGAUAUACUUAACGAAGAGUUAGAGGCUACGAGACGGGAGUUAGAAGCACAAAUUCGCAUAAAUAAGGACCUCAAGAAACUACUUAUCGCAUCUAUGGGUGAUGAUUUGCAUCAUAGGGUGGAUUGUUUGGUUAAAGAUCGUGUAGCAUUAGCUGAGAAUAUUGAAGCAUAUUCUAAACGACUCGAGGAAGGAGGGUUGAUAAGAGAAGAAUUAGAGAUACGAGCAGAUAUGUACAGAUCGAAAUUUGCGGCUAGCAAAUUGCUAGUUGAAGAAGCUAUUGAUAUGCGGGCCUCUCUACAGCUUCAAUUGAAUUAUGCUCAUCAGGCCAUGAAAGAAUUGUUAAGCGAAAGGGCACAAGUAAGAAAAAAUUUACAAGAAGCUUACGGAGUUUCACAAGCUACAAAUGAAGCCCUAGGCAUUGAAAGGCAGAGUAAGAAAGAACUCCCAAUGAACAGUACUAUUUUGGAAAUAUCUGAGAAAGUAAAUAACCUAUCUCUCUCUUUGAAAAAUGCUCUGCUUCCUGUUAUGAACAAUUCAAAAUAUCAAACAAUUCCAUUUGGAUUUUCACCUACUGCAGCAGAAGUUAUGGCCAUGCAAUGCUUGGCCAAUAGAGCCAAAGAACUUGAUGGUUCUGAUAUUAGGCAAAUUUAUAAGCACAACCGAUUUCAUUUAGCAGCAAAUUUUGAUAAUCUUACACUCAAUUGUUGUUCAAAUUGUACUGGCAAAAUUCAUGCCGUUUAA